UUUUUGCUUGUCUCUCCAGUCUAAAAAGUCAGGUCUUUGUACUUUGGAGAAGGAAAUUUUAAAUGCCUGAGAGUAUGAUAUUUAAAUUGAAAUCUGCUUUAGCUUUUCUUAAAACACAACCUUUAGCAGGGUAAAGAAUUUUAAUAGCUAGGUAUAUCAGAAUGAAAAAAGCGAAUCGUGCACUGGUUAAAUUAAUCCAACUGCCUCUUUACCAUCUUUGCUGUGGAGUAUUACCCAGUAUGAACUGUCCUCCUGUUAGCCAGCCCUUUUAUCCCAAAAUGAGGGGAAUUGAUGAAGAUAUGUGCAUUGUGUUAUGUCUGGUCAUAGUUUGACUAGCACAGUCUGGAAGUGGGUUGUGCAGGAUGAGAGCGAGCUGCCUAAUUGCUCUCCCUGCAUCAGCAGCAUCUAUAAAGCAUCCUGGGAAUUGCUUACCCUACGUUCAGAGCUGCUGGUCACAUGAGCCUGGAUUUUCAGAUCAGUUCAUUAGUCAGCCAUUUUGGUCAACACCCUGCUUACUGCGCACAACCAAUCCUAUUAGAACUCAGCAUCCCUGCUCAUCUGAGCAGAUCCUGGAAGUGAUUUCUGCAGCUCAGAAUUUUUUUUAAGCUAAAUUGGAAAUAAUACUGGUUUAUUUCUUGUUCAUUUUUUUUCUUUCGUACUUUUUUCCUGCACAAAGGAGGAGGAUUUUUUACUUAUUCAUGCAGAGGCCAGUUUUUUGAAGCCAGUUAAGUUGGCAUCAGCUGGGCAGGGUUUAAAGCCGAUAGCUCAGCUGAAAAAGAAGGACAUAGGGAAAGGAAGGAGAGAAGCUGGAAGAAGACAAGUAGCGUCUUAUUUUGCUAUGUGGUAGGAACCGUCUGUGAGAAGAUAUAGUAUAGAAUUGUUUAUCUUGAACAGUUGGUUCUUAAACCAUAAGGUAUUUUUCCUUGUAUUUUUUUUUAAGCCUCCCUCAUCCAUUUUCUUAAGAGCUUUAUUCCAGAGCUUUGGAUUUGGCGAUUUUUGGUGAGGAGGUUUUAUUUAUUUCUGUUGUGUGUGUGUGCGUGUGAGUGUGUUUGCGUGUGUUGUGGUCCCAGCUGAGUCAUCAUGUCUGCUCUGACGCCUCCAACCGAUAUGCCAACCCCCACCACUGACAAGAUCACACAGGCUGCCAUGGAGACUAUCUACCUUUGCAAAUUCCGAGUGUCUAUGGACGGAGAGUGGCUCUGCCUGCGAGAGCUGGAUGACAUCUCACUCACACCUGACCCAGAGCCUACCCACGAAGACUCUUGGGAGGAUUUGACAGAUUUGGUGGAGCAAAUGCGCGAUGAUACAGAAGACCCUAAUUAUCUCAUGGCUAAUGAACGCAUGAACCUGAUGAACAUGGCCAAGCUGAGUAUCAAGGGCCUGAUUGAAUCAGCUCUGAACUUGGGGAGGACUCUGGAUUCUGACUAUGCACCACUCCAGCAGUUCUUCGUGGUGAUGGAGCACUGCCUAAAACAUGGCUUGAAAGCAAAGAAGACUUUUCUUGGACAAAAUAAAUCCUUCUGGGGGCCCCUUGAACUGGUAGAAAAGCUUGUUCCAGAAGCUGCAGAGAUAACAGCAAGUGUCAAAGAUCUUCCAGGACUUAAGACACCAGUAGGCAGAGGAAGAGCCUGGCUGCGUCUGGCAUUGAUGCAAAAGAAACUUUCAGAAUAUAUGAAAGCUUUGAUCAACAAGAAAGAACUUCUCAGUGAAUUCUAUGAACCCAAUGCCCUCAUGAUGGAAGAAGAAGGAGCUAUAAUUGCUGGUCUGUUGGUGGGUCUGAAUGUCAUUGAUGCCAAUUUCUGUAUGAAAGGAGAAGACUUGGACUCUCAGGUUGGAGUUAUAGAUUUUUCAAUGUAUCUCAAGGAUGGGAACAGCAGUAAAGGUAGUGAAGGAGAUGGCCAGAUUACUGCAAUUCUGGACCAGAAGAACUAUGUAGAAGAACUCAACAGACAUCUGAAUGCUACUGUAAACAACCUUCAGGCAAAAGUGGAUGCAUUAGAAAAAUCCAACACUAAACUGACAGAAGAGCUUGCAGUUGCAAACAACAGGAUUAUUACCUUGCAAGAAGAAAUGGAACGAGUGAAAGAGGAAAGCUCCUAUAUAUUGGAAUCCAAUCGGAAGGGGCCUAAGCAAGACAGAACUUCAGAAGGGCAAGCACUGAGUGAAGCAAGAAAGCAUUUAAAGGAGGAGACACAAUUACGACUGGAUGUUGAAAAAGAACUGGAGCUCCAGAUCAGCAUGAGACAGGAGAUGGAACUGGCCGUGAAGAUGCUGGAGAAGGAUGUCUGCGAGAAGCAGGAUGCCCUGGUGUCUCUGCGGCAGCAGCUGGAUGAUCUCAGGGCUCUCAAGCAUGAGCUUGCCUUUAAGCUGCAGAGUUCAGACUUAGGAGUAAAACAGAAAAGUGAACUAAACAGUCGCUUGGAAGAGAAGACUAAUCAGAUGGCUGCUACCAUCAAACAACUGGAACAAAGAUUGCACCAGGCUGAGCGAGGCCGCCAGUCUGCUGAGUUGGACAACCGGCUCUUCAAGCAGGACUUUGGAGACAAGAUCAACAGUCUGCAGCUAGAAGCGGAGGAGCUCACCAGGCAGCGGAACCAGCUUGAGUUAGAACUAAAACAGGAAAGAGAAAGAAGGUUACAAAACAACAGGAGCAUCCCAGGAAAGGGGUCCCAGAAGCCAGAACCCAAAAUGGAUGGGAAGCAUCAGUUUCAAGAGGAAAUUCAUGUUAAACUAGCAAAGCCCCUGGAAGAAAGCCACAGUGAUGGAUACAUGCGACCAGACCCAGCGGCUCCACAGCACCAAGAGGGAGCCCUCAGGGGGCAGUCACACCCUGUGGAUGAACAGGAUCAGCUGCUGCUCUCUGAAAAGCCACAGGUCUGUCAGCUGUGCCAGGUGGAUGGCAGCCUAACAAAGAACAUGUGUAAGAACUGCAGAGGAACCUUCUGUAAUGCCUGCUCAACAAACAAACUGCCUCUUCCUUCAAAUAUCAAGCCUGAGCGAGUUUGCAAUCUCUGUCCCAAGCAUUUGAUGAAACAGUAUUCCACCAGCCCAUCGUGAGACUGGAGGCCAACACCUGGGGCAAAAUGUCUCCACCUGUGUUAUAUGUCAGGCUUCCUCAGAGCCCCAACUUUAGAAUCAACUCAAAAACUGCCCAGAAUGAUUCAGAUGAACCAGGUCCAGGGAGAAGGUGCCGUGGUUGGAGGUGCUGGCUGUUCUGCUCGUUUUCCCUAAUGACUGUAUGAAUAAAAGUUACUCAGUUGAGCCUUUCUCUUCUAAAUCAAACGACACCAUUCUGAAGGGUUUAUUUUAUAGCAUGUCUUUGGAACGGCUAUUUGUUUUUAUGAAUAGUGAUAAUAUGGGUUUAGAUAUAACAGGAGUGAGGAUCUAAACAGAUAAGAAUAAAAAGGAACAUGACCAUCUCCCUCUAUUCACAGAUUCAAGGGGGAAAAAUGUUAACUGAGGUUGGAAUGAUAGGUGUUAGGUAUUUUCCCAGGUGCUGCUAGACAUAGACACUGUUUCCUUCCCCCCUACUACCUACCUCUUCUAAGAGUAUUCCUACUAAACUGUGAACCCAAACUCAGGGAAAAGAAAUGAGUAAUAUAAAUUGUGAAUGUAUUUAAAACAAUAUUACAAUAACAUACUAUGGUUUCAGGACCAGAGCUUUCUGGCCCCUACCUACAAGUGUUUCCAGUAUUAGAACAAGGAGGAGGAACAUUUGCCAUUUUUCUGGUUAUUGACUUCAUAAGUAAAUACCUGCCCUUUUCAGAAUCUACUUCAAAACAAGCCACCUCUGUUCCCCAUUCCCUGCCUUCUCUCCAAGUAUAAUGGAAAUUGUAAGUUUUAAAGAUAGGACUUGACUUUGUAAAUAGAGAGUAUUGAAAGCAAAGCUAAGUCAGGUGUAAAAACAAAUUUAAUGUCCAUAGCUGAGACCAGUUAGCUUAGAAUAGUUAUUAAAUUAUUUAUUGAAUAAGAAGUCCUUUAUUCUGAGCCAGUUAGAACUGGUAGACAGGUUUCUUGGAAUGUAUGAUGCUCAAACAUCUCUUAGUAAUAAACCCUUUUGAGGAAAAGGGAAGUGCAUUCAGCAAGGGAAGGAAAAUGGUGUAUGCUAUUUUGAUUAUGUUACAUGCAUCUAAAUUACUUGAUUCCAUUUAAGUCCUAAGAAGAUAUGAUUCUGUAACUGGUUUAGAGUUGUGGGGUGGAAACAUCCUGGGACCAUGGUAUUUUAUAAAUUCUGUCUCCUGAAAAGGGUUUACAGCCUGGGAAAGAGUUGUUAUUCCAUAAGUGUGGCCUGUUAGUGAAGCUGAGCUUAAAUAAAAGUACUAGGAAAAAUAAAAUUCAAUAAUUCUA